AUAGCCAGAGGCGGCCGGGAAAAAGUGGGGAGAAAAAAGAGAGGGGAAGAGUUAAAGCUAAGCGAGGAGAAGGCAGCAGCAGUAAGUAGAGGAAGAGGCGUCCCAAUCCCACGGUGCCUCGACCUCGGCCGCCUCCCAUCCCACCACCGCGCCUCGCUGCUGCUGCUUGCCGCGCGCCGCGGCUGAGCGCGGAUCCCGAGAUCCCCGGCGGCGCCGCCCCGGAGCUCGCCGCCGGCGGCGGGCGCGUCCCCCUCAUGCCUUUGGCGCCCCGAUCGGAGCCGAUCGGUGGCCGCCUGAGGAGACGCAGCAACUCGGCGCGCGCCGGAGAGGCAGCGGGAGCGGAGGCGGAGGAGGGGGAGGGGGAGGAGGAAGGGGAGGAUGGCGCUCUUCCGCAAGUUCUUCCUGAAGAAGACCCCGGAUCGGCUGCUCGAGAUCUCCGAGCGCGUCUACGUUUUUGACUGCUGCUUCUCAACCGAUUCCAUGGGUGAGGAUGAGUAUCGGGAUUACUUGAGCGGCAUUGUUGCGCAGUUGCAGGAAUUUUUCCCAGACGCAUCAUUCAUGGUAUCCAAUUUCUGGUCUGGGGACAAGAGGAGCCGGAUUUCAGAUAUAUUAUCCGAGUAUGACAUGACAGUAAUGGACUACCCGCAACAAUAUGAAGGAUGUCCGUUGCUUCAGCUCGAGAUGAUCCACCAUUUCUUGAAAUCGUGUGAAAAUUGGCUAUCUGUGGAAGGACAGCAUAACAUGCUCUUGAUGCAUUGUGAGAGAGGGGGAUGGCCAGUUCUUGCAUUUAUGUUGGCUGGACUCCUUUUGUAUCGGAAAACAUACACUGGUGAGCAGAAGACACUAGAGAUGGUCUACAAGCAGGCUCGCAGGGACUUCAUACAGCAUUUCUUUCCAUUGAAUCCUCAGCCUUCGCAUUUAAGAUACUUGCACUAUAUAACCAGGCAAGGAAGUGGUUCAGAAUGGCCUCCUAUUAGCCGGCCUCUUAUCCUAGAUUCAGUUGUUCUCCAUGUUGUUCCGCGGUUUGAUGGCGAAGGAGGUUGUAGGCCGUAUUUGCGUGUACAUGGGCAAGACUCUAGUCCUGGUAACAAGAGCACAAAGGUCCUUUUUGAAAUGCCAAAGACAAAGAAGCAUCUUCUGCGUUAUGGACAGGCAGAAGCCCCAAUAAAAAUCAGCGCAUUCUGCCGUGUCCAAGGAGAUGUGGUUCUUGAAUGCAUUCAUAUUGGCGAUAACCUAGAGCAUAAGGAAACAAUGUUCCGGGUCAUGUUCAACACUGCAUUCAUUCAAUCAAACACUCUUGGACUGAAUCGUGAUGAUAUUGAUGUUUCUUGGAAUAUGAAUAAUCAGUUUCCAAGGGAUUUCCGAGCUGAGGUACUUUUUUCGGACCCUGAUUCGUUCAAGCCUGCUGUCGCCACCGUGGAGGUAGCUGAUGAUGGGGAUGAGACUGAUGUUGCUUCGGUAGACACAGGAGAUGAAUUUUACGAAGCAGAGGAGGAUUGGCAUGAUGCUAGAAGGGAUCCAGAAACUCAGUCAGUUGAUGGUAGAUUAUCAUUAGAUGGCUUUGCAGAAUUGGAUGGCGCAGUAGCAAAUGAAGAAAGGAGCAGCCUAGUUAAGCAUGAUAUUGAUGGAGAUGUGAAGACUGUUGUAUCCCACUUUGAGAAUCCAGAAGGUUUGCAGCAGGCCCAACAGGAUCUUGCGAAGUCUAAAUUAAACCACACAGGUGGCCAAGAGAACAGUGGUGUGCAGGACAUACAGGUGGUUGCUACAUCUGUUGAUUCAGAGGGACACAAAUUCGCAUCUAUCUGUCAGGAGGAGGACACGAAAGAUGUAAUUGCACAAACUUUAGUCACGACCGUGGAUCCAACUUGCAGUGAUGAAAUUCAAUUCCAGGCCAACGAACCAACAAAAAAUUUGAAAUAUGCUGAUCUGGAAUACACUGCUUUUGAUGCGCCUAGAAGUUUGUCAUGCACAGAUGGGGAUACCCACUUGAGAACUACAACAAAAGGAGGACUGCAGAAUGGUGAUAUCAAGAUUAUUACUGAGAACACUGUAAUCGUGGACAAUGAGCUAGUGAUCUAUGAAGAGAAAACUAUAGUUGAGAAUGGUAACAUUAUUCCGGAAGUAAAAAAUGUUGUCAAUGAGAAGAGUGGUAUUCCUAAGAUAGGCAGAACAACUAUUAAGAGUAGGAAUGCACAAGAUAACAGCUGUGGCAAUAUUAAAUCUGUCAAACCUUCUGAUACAGCUGAUGGCAAAUUGGAUCAGGGAAAAGUAGAGGAUGGCGUUGAAGAAACCAUAACUACAAAGCACACCAAUGUGCAUGACAGAAUUGUUGUGUUACCAGCCACUGAAGUAGCAACUGAAAUAAAAACCAAGAGACAGGGUCCUGUUGGCAAACAAGAUGUUAGCAUAGCUCUUCCUCAAAGUCGAACAGAGGCUAGGGCUAGCAGCCCGAAGUUUGAAAGUGAUGACCGAGGGCAAAUCCCUGAUAAAGCUGUGUCAUCAGUGUUGAAGAAGAUGGCAGCAGGCAAUGCAGCCCAGACAGAAGAACAACCAAAGCUUGCCAAACCAAAAACAAUACGGAGAUGGGUUUCUCCAAAAAAGGAAUCUGAUGCUACCUCUGUGCAUAGGCCAUCGCAUCCACCAUCCAGAUACUAUAGUUCACCAGCUGCACUGGCUAUACGAUCCAUGUCUACAGAUGGCAAAAUCAAUGCUGUGAAGGAUGCGCCUCUAGUAUCCCUGAUGGAACCACAUAGUAGUCACUUAACAGAAGAGUCAGUAUCUACGCUGUCUGCUCCAUCACCUGCACGACGAUCCUUGUUACAGGGUGCACAAAUUUUAUCAAGAAGCGAAGCUCCGCUGCCUCCGCCUCCACCCAACUCCUCUUCAAGUUCCAUGCCUAUGCACGGGGGGUCACCAAUGUCUUCUGGAGCACAAAAACAGACCUUUGCCCCGGCCCCUCCUCCCCCACCCCCACCCCCACCACCGAGGUCAGGCAUUGGUGGAAAUACUCCACCACCACCUCCACCACCGCCUCCAAUGCUAAACAACAUGGUCACUCCGCCGCCGCCGCCGCCACCACCACCACCAAAGCUAAGUUCAAGCGUCCCACCCCCACCUCCUCCACCCCCAUUCACCAUAACACGUUCAAGUGUUCCUUCUCCUCCUCCUCCGCCGCCGCCACCACCUCCACCACCAUCAAUGGCACAUUCUGCUCCUCCUCCACCACCUCCUCCACCACCAUCCUUGCGUUCUUGUGCUCCGCUGCCACCCCCUCUCUCAGUUACACGUUCUGGUCCACCACCUCCUCCUCCGCCGCCACCGCCACCAGCAGCAGCUACAGUAUAUUCUAGAGCUCCUCCUCCACCACCACCACCUCCUCUAUUGGCAUGUUCAUCAGCACCUCCUCCCCCACCCCCACCCCCUAGCCGAGGAGCACCGCCUCCCCCACCCCCACCCCCACCCCCUCCCCCUGGCCGAGGAGCACCCCCACCUCCGCCCCCUCCCCCUGGCCGAGGAGCACCCCCACCUCCACCCCCUCCCCCUGGCCGAGGAGCACCCCCACCUCCACCUCCUCCCCCUGGCCGAGGAGCACCUCCAGCUCCACCUCCUCCCCCAGGUGCACGUGGAGGCCCUCCACCCCCUCCACCCCCUCCAGGUGCUCGCCCUGGCCCUCCACCUCCUCCACCCCCUCCAGGCGCUCCACCUCCACCGCCUCCUCCAGGUCCGCGGCUAGGAGCUCCACCACCUCCUCCUCCUCCAGGUUCACGACCAGGAGCUCCACCUCCACCACCUCCUCCAGGUCUGCGACCAGGAGCUCCACCUCCCCCACCCCCACCUGGAGGUGGUGGGAGAGCACCCCCACCACCUCCUGCACCUGGAGGGCGGCUUGGUGGCCCUCCUCCGCCUCCUCCUCCAGGUGGGCGUGCACCAGGUGCGCCAGCUCCACCUAGAGCACCUGGUGUACCACCACCACCGGGAGGUAAUCCUUCCUUAGGCAGAGGACGUGUGGCUGCACGCCCUCUGGGAUCAGCAUAUGGGGCUGCUGCCUCGCGCAAGUCGACAUUAAAGCCUCUGCAUUGGGUCAAAGUGACAAGGGCCCUGCAAGGUAGCCUGUGGGAGGAAUUACAACGCAAUGGUGACCUACAGAGUGUUUCAGAGUUUGAUAUAUCAGAACUUGAAAGCCUUUUUCCAGCAGCAGUUCCAAAGUCUGAUGACAGCUCAAAAUCUGAACGUAGAAAAUCACUUGGCUCAAAACCAGAAAAAGUUCACCUGAUCGAGUUGAGGAGGGCAAAUAACACAGAAAUCAUGCUAACAAAAGUGAAGAUGCCACUCUCAGAUUUGGUGAGUGCGGCUCUGGCACUGGAUCAAUCGACCUUGGAUGUUGAUCAAGUUGAGAAUCUCAUAAAGUUUUGUCCUACGAAAGAAGAAAUGGAACUUCUCAAGAAUUACACUGGAGACAAGGACAACCUUGGGAAGUGUGAACAGUUCUUCUUAGAAUUGAUGAAAGUGCCACGAAUGGAGUCAAAACUGCGAGUGUUCUCCUUCAAGAUCCAGUUUGGUUCGCAAGUCGCAGAUCUUAGAAAAAGCUUGAACAUCAUAGAUUCUUCGUGCAAUGAGAUCCGAAGUUCUCUCAAGUUGAAAGAAAUAAUGAAGAAAAUCCUUCUCCUCGGGAAUACGCUGAACCAGGGAACUGCUAGAGGUGCUGCGGUAGGCUUCCGAUUGGACAGUCUUCUAAAACUUACUGAUACCCGAGCAACAAAUAAUAAGAUGACACUAAUGCACUACCUCUGCAAGGUACUUGCUGCAAGAUCUCCACAGCUUUUAAACUUCUAUGUUGAUCUUGUUAGUUUAGAUGCCGCGUCAAAGAUACAACUAAAAAUGCUGGCUGAGGAAAUGCAAGCAGUUAGCAAAGGGCUGGAAAAGGUUCAGCUGGAGUAUGAUGCUUCAGAAAGGGAUGGUCCGGUAUCAGAAAUAUUUCGCAAGAAACUGAAAGAGUUCACUGACAAUGCUGGAGCUGAUGUGCAGUCGCUAUCUUCGCUGUUUUCUGAAGUGGGCAAAAAGGCUGACGCACUGAUUAAGUACUUUGGUGAGGAUCCCGUUCGUUGCCCCUUUGAGCAAGUGAUCUCUACUUUAUUAACUUUCGUAACAACAUUUCGAAAAGCACAUGAGGAGAACCUCAAACAAGCUGAGCUCGAGAAGAAAAAAGCUGAAAAGGAGGCAGAAGCAGAGAAGGCCAAAAGUGCUCAAUUAACUAGCAAAAAUGACUCUAAACCGUCAAAUCCAAGCCGGCAAGCUAAACAAACUAUAGAGAGGACAAGGUCUGCAAACAGACGAGGAAGAGACGCGGGAUGAUCCCAGAUGACCAGCUAUUGUGCUGUGCUUCGGAUCUGCUUGCAGGGCAAAUUGAUGCCCAUCCGAUGCAUUUUUGGGCAAGGGGAAUUUUGUGGAUGGACGCUGGCAUCCAACCUGUGCAGCGCGAUCGCAUUGAAGCAAUUGUACAGGAGCCCUCUGUGGUCUCACCGGAGAAUGCCGACUUCAUUUUUUUCCAUGUCGGCCAGCAGGGUCCAGUGCCAACUUCUGACUACUGUAAAGAGCUGCUAACACUGACGCUAACGCCAUUCUUUCUUUUGUUGUUUCAUGUUACUUGUCCAUUCUUUCUAACACCGGUGGCCAAGUACAGCCAUGGCUUCGAAAAGUACAGCCUGGUGCUUAGGUAAAAAAAAUUUGUAAAAAUAGGCAGUAGGGUAAAAGGGUAAUGGAGAUAAUCCAGGGGCAAAGAGCGUGUGUCAGCGGUAAAUGAGAUGUAAACUCGCGCGUAAUGCAGUAAUAGCUCCCUUUCUUUUGUAGUGAAUGUAUCAUCACCCCUUUCUAUGAUCAUAUGAUGCAGUGAAUUCAUCUUCUUGUC